AUGGCUCUUACUAAUGAGAUUUUUCAGAGUCAUGCUUUGGCGGCUAUAGUCGUACUCAGUAUAGCCCAUAACGAGCCUGAUCAGACUCGAGAUCAAAUAUCAAUAUGGAUUAAGGACAUGAACCUCAUUUAUGUCAAGGACUACCUUAUCUCGAUACAAACAAAUCUAGAAAAACACACGUCCUACAGUAUUGCAUUAUUGACCAUUUACAUAGCAACCUGCUUGCUUUAUAUGUAUGGCUCGUACACGCUGAAAACGAGCGUGAUGGUGCCUUACAUCGUGUGUGAGCUGGUGCGGCUGGUGGUGUGCGCGGCGCUGCUCGUCACGUGGCUGCUCGUGCUCAAACAAAACACCAUGGACAUCGGCCUGCUCAUCGCCGCCAGCGUCGUCGUCGGCUUCGGCUUGUUGGGCCAGUCAUACCUAUGGAUUUGCAACGCCAACUUACCGAUAGUUAUUAAUGAAACGGAGCGAGAGGAGAAGCUAGCUACCAUUCGGAAACUCGAGAAAAUGUUGGAGAGCGUUCGCCCGGGGUACCCCAAUCUGAGCAUGGAUGACGAGUAUAAUGAAAGAUAUCGGUCCAAUUUGUUUGUAGUGCCGAGGACUAAAUACAACCCUGGGAUCACUGGAGUUGAUAUACGAUACACCUCGAGCUUUCUACAUUAAAAUUAAUCGCGAAGACGUUAGAUGACUC